AUGGUCGGCUGUAACAGAUGUGCUGCCAUUCCCCUGUUGCUUGUGGCAGCAAUGCUUCUGUUCCAAGGGUGGGGCUCUUGCUUUUUCUUCUCGCAGCAAGUUGCCCAGACAACGCUCGAGGUACGAGGCAGUCAUUUAUCAGCUUUGCCACUGGUCCAGCCGGGAAGGGUUUGCACUGAAUCUUGGUAUCGGAGCAGUGAGUUGGAAGACACAUUCCACGGGAAUCCAGAUGCGCUCACCGCUGACUGGACUUCUUCGUGUGAAACCUUGGAGCGCUUUGACUCCAAUCACACGUGGAUCGAGCGGAUACAGAACAAUUCCUAUCGGGACUCAGAUUACAAGAUAUUCUCAACCUUGUGCAGGGCCGGCUUUCCGGCACAAGUGAUAGAACCUCUGGCAGGUGUUUUGAGGGACCCACGAUUCAAUUGUUCUCGUGGUGGGGGCGCUUAUUUGGGAGUCAAGGAAUAUUUGAUACUUGCUGAUAGUGCAGACUUCCCACCACAGCCUGGAACAAAGCGGAUUUUCUUCGACGCAGGUGGCACUAGAUUCGGAGAUCAGCUCAUGUGGUUUGCCACCGCCUAUGAGAAGAGGGGUUUGCCACUUGACGAGAUCUAUGUUUGGGAGGUCAAGAACAUAUCAGAUGAGCAGUACUGGCAAAACGUUCCGCAGCAGCUUUACAAUCGGUUCCACCCUGUGCUGACAAGAUACAAUGCCGUCGGCAUUUCUGACGCUGUCGGGGACCGCAACAACCCAAUGACUCUGGUUUACGAAAAGUGUAGACCUCAGGAUUUCUGUGUUUUCAAGCUCGAUGUCGACACCUCGUGGCUGGAAAAUGCUGUUGCCGGACAGCUUGUCAAUGAUCCUGGCAAUCUGAAAGAGUUCUUUUUCGAGCACCAUGUGCAGACCUUGCAGCUCGCACAGUGGUGGGGCCCGCCGGGCACUCACUCUGGCUUAACAAUUCGCCACAGCUAUGACUUGUUCGCGAGGAUGCGGCAGAAGGGUGUUCGUGCUCAUUCAUGGAUCUGA